GGCGAAAUAAACACAGGCAGAGUUAUUUUUUUCCUCCUCCUCCGCUUUGAAACAGCGAAGUGCUCCAGAGACGGUUUCUGUAGAAACGAGAUAAUAUAGUCGCGAGCUUUCGUUCACGAGCCCAAGUUGCUCAAAGUGUCUCGCACGCGCUGUAAUUAACAGCUUUCACCGGCGGAGAGGACGUUGUCUCGUGGCACUCUCGGUAAUAUCGUUUAUUGCCUUGUUAUUUUUUUUUAUUUAUUUAUUUUUGCCUGUUAGCAUGUGUUCUGCCAUUUACUGCUUUGAAAACAACACAAUUUAUAACAAUUCGUGGGGAAAAUAGGAGUGAGUGGCGGCUCGUGUGUUAUUUGAUGUGUUUCUUUAAUGCUGUGUUUUAUAUGGCCGCGACGCAAUUUUGUUUGGCGUGAGCACGAAGUUGAUUUUAAAGAUUAACGCCAGAAAUGACUUAUUGCCGUCAUUCUCAUAUAGAUGAGUCAUGUGGGAUUUUUUCCCGUCACCUUUAGAUGCGUAAAAGCCUUCGGAAAAUACCGGACACUGCCAAAAUGUCAAACCACUUUCAACAUGGCGGGUUAUGGUGAUCGUAGGGGGAAAACUGCGCCUUAAAAUCUUUGAACGAGGAAAAAAUAAAACGACGGCAGAUAAAGCGUCCGGUUCGGUUUCUUUUGGUGGACAUGGACGAGGUUUAAUCAAUUAAAUUCAAAGUGUGCAUUUGGCAACUCCGUGGGAGUUUUUUUCCGCUGCAGUUUUGAGUGUGCAAAGUACAUGACCGGAGUGCCAGCCAGCCUGCUGGUCGGCUACACCCCUCACAGCCUCAUCUUCCUUAUGUGCACUUAACGUUUCCUCUUUCACUUUUAUCAAAAAUGCUGUGGCUCAUUCGAUGCUUCUAGAUCGCCGUGUGUCAGAUUAAUACUGUUUUCCUUAUAAAACCAACAGGGUGAUUUUGAUCCCCCCUGCAAUCUUAGAUUAAUAUGUUGACGUUGGCACAGUCGGGCGAGAAAAAAUUCUUUCGCUGUGUUGUUUUCUCUGCGGGGAUUUCUUUUUUUUUUUCUGAGUGAUUAAGCAGAUAAUUGGGUAAAACCACAUGCGUAUUUAUUUAAUUAUUUCUCUUUUUCUUUGCGAGGUGCUUCGCAAAAAUCAAUUUCUUUCUUUUUUAGUGGCUUUACAAUAUUCCAGAGGAUUCCACCUCCUGAUUAAAUUCGUCACCAUAAUGAGCAGAAACAAUAAAGACUGUGGGUAACGGAGCCCCAGAUAGAGGUUCGCAAUGAAUAAAUCAUGCUUUUAGACUUCUUGUGGCUCCAAAGAUUUUUUCCACGACGCUGCGAGUGGGAAUGCGUGAGCGCAGGCGUGCGGAUAAAGGGAAAACGCCUAAAAUGAGCACUUUUAAAGGAGAAAAUGCGAAGAUGGUCAUAAUGUUAAACAUACAUAAUCCAUUUUCUCCACGGGAAAGACCAAUACGAGUCCAGCUGAUUAUCAUUUUUGGUGGUUUGGCUUUUUAUUUAUUCAUUUAUUUUAAAAGUGUCAUCCAACAGCCAUUUAUCACGUGGCUGGUUUUCUUGAUCAGGCAUUGUAUGCUAAUCCACUGGUGAGUGUUUCAGGAGAAGAGGCAAUCACAUAUUCUGCACAGAUAAGAGAAGCAAAGAUAGAAAGAGUCCAGUUCUUUCUGUUCUUCUUUCUUUCUUUCUUUCUGCUGGCAUCACACUUACUCUCCCCCCUUAUUUGAAUAAGGGGAGGAGGUAGGCAAAUAUCAGCUUCUCCUCCUGCUUUCCAAAAGCCUUGGAUUUGCAGGCUGUCCAUGUUAUGCAAGUGUGUUUUGUGGAAGUUGUAAGAACGCUCUGGGAUGUGGGAGUUUCACCCCUUGUUUCCUCUCUCUUUUAUUUAUUUAUUUAUUUGUGGUCCUGAGGGGCAGAUGCUUGUUUGCCCGACGUCAUUUCAUGCUUAUGUUUUCAGUGAGGGAUCACAGGCAGUUCUAAUUGGGGAAUAAAGCACAUUGGGUGCGUUGUGUGCACAUCUAUGUUAAAAACAGCAGGAAUUAAGAGUUAGAAACAGAGGACAAAUUGUUAUAUGAUGACAUCCUGUUGCCAAGAGGAAACAACUCUUGGAUAGCUCUAAAAGAAGAGAACCUAAUACGGAGUAAUGCAAUAAAACCCAAGCCCAUGCAGUGGUAGUUAAUCUCCUAAAUCCCCUAUUAAAUCUUUGGCAUGGAUGGGUUUAGAGAAAGGCAAGAAGACAGCACGUGGAUGCCCGAGCGCCCCAUCAGGGGCUAAUCAAUUUAAAAAAAAAAUCUUCUCAAUCCGAGACAAUUGGGGCACAAAUGUCCUGCGUCUGAGAUUAAACACUCUCAGAGCAGUUUAAUCCCCUGGUGACCAAUCUGGGCUGUUUCCUCCAGGAGGCUGCAGGUCAGCAGGCUUCAUCAAGUACAAACGCGAAACUCCCAGAAAAAAACUCCUUCAAAAAUUUGGCUUGUUUUUUGGAUGAACGCUGAGGGGAACUGUUAACACUGAGUCAGAACAAACAAACGUCCCUCAGGGUUUGGAAAACUUGUUUAUCCAGUGAGGGAUCAAUUUAAGGAAAAGCUCAGCUUGCACUGGUAUGGAGUUGUCAGUGUAGAAAACAUUGUUGUUUAAGCCGACUUCCAGUGGUUCAUUGCAAUAUUUAAUUUUAUGUAGGAGGAUAGGGGGAGUUUAGUUCUCCUGUUUCCAAACUUUACACGCAUAGAAAUUAAUUUUAAAGCCUGUGUCUUGUGAAAACUCAUUGUAAAGCACCUUUAGGCACAUAGAUGUGAGCUUUCUUUCCUCAAGACCCCAAAGUACUUCAUUAAUUUGAUAAAAUGAGCAUAUGUGACCUUUUAUUCCAGAGACUAUUCAAAGAGUUUACAAGUAUAAUAAAUAUGUGCAGUGACUUCUAGGGAAAUGAGCAAUGCUAGCCAAAAGUAUUUGAGCAAUGACACAUUUCCUGUUUUUUUUUGUGUUUUUUUUUUUUUUUGACUUCCAGCAUACUGGAAAUAAAACCUUCAGCUUAAAUGUUUCGAGGGUGUUCUCAUCAUGUAUUGAGCUAAUUAGUGUGGGGAAUGGUUGAUGCGUUUUAAAAAAAAAACAAAAAACAUUCUGCCUCCAGUUGCUGGGAAGUGCAGGUGGACAAUGAUAGGGCUGCAGUCGCUGCACUUUUCAUCUCGUGUGGUUGUUAAAGCCCUCAAAUUAAAGCUCAAAGUCACUUUAACCACAGGGCUUACUCUCUUUCUUUCAGUUCAGAGAAAACGGGCUACAGUGUAGCACCAAAACAGCUCAGAAAGGUGCAUUGUUCCUCGCCCUAUUGAGGGCUGUGUAUACAUGGUGCAAUUUUUCAAAGGUUUGAGGCAACCUAGUGCUACAGUGACUCAGAUGGAUGUAGGAUUUGUUGUGCUUCAUUUCUGUUGAAACAAAUUAGAUGGAGUUGAAGCUGAGAGUAUUGAGAACAAGUUCAAUAACACCAGUGUUACUGACUCAUCGUUUCAUGGCUGUAACUUCUCUUCAAAUUUUUCGGUGGAAGUAAAGACUGGAGAGGAAAAAAAAACAUUUCACAUAUGUGUUUCUUAUGAUGGGUGAACAGGCGAAGAAGUGUGUUUUGAAAUUCUGGAUUAGGCAGAACUAAAACUGGUAAAAAUCUGAUAUUUUAAAGUUCAAACAGGAGGUUAUGACUUUGGGAGUCAAUUGUCAUGCAUUGCAAAUUUACAUCAGCUCAAAAAUCUUAGAGCUAUCCAAUGUACGAUGAUAUAAAAUCGACAAAAGCUGCAAAUUGUGGAUCGUUGUUUCUGUUUUUAAAAUAACAAACCAUAAAAAGUAGUUAAAAGAUGUCAAUCAGGCUCUAGAUUGCUUUGCUGAGGUGUUGAAAUAAGCAGAUGUAGAGUGAAUGUGAAACUGCAAGUUUUUAAAGAGAAUUUUAAGGAAAAGAAACAAGAGCUGCUCAUCCUCUUCCUACUGUUUGAUAGCAGUGUUUGAGCACUCUGAUGAGUUUAAUGAGUGCUGUGGAAGGCUGCUGACGACAGUGAUGUAUCAGUGCUGAAGAUUGUAGUGUACUUAGGCAGAGAGUGGGGGAUAAGGGCAGCAAACAGCAGCGUCAUGUGAGCCAAAUUAGCUCAGCGUGUUGUUUACGCAAUGGAUGCACGCCGGAGCCACUGUGGGACGCAAGGGGGUGUGUGUUCUGUGGUGGGGGAUGGCGCGCACACACACACAGUUAGUUGUUGAGGCUGUCACAGCCUUUGUGCUGCAGCCUCACAGUUCUACAUACACUCGCAGCUCCAACAGGCGUGCGAGGACGAGGAGAAGUGUUUUCCUUUCCUGUGGAUUUUAAGGCUCUUUCCUUUGUUCUCUUUUUUGGAAGCAGGACUUCAGUGUGUUUUCAUCAGAGGAUUGCUGGAUGCGCAUCACAGUUUUGUUUUAUUUCUUCUUUUUUUUUCCCCAUGUGGGUGCACAUCAGGUUGGGUACUUAAUCACGGAGUAUUUUUUGCUCUUUUGGAUAUUUAUUUUCAAAGUUGAGAGCAACAACCCCAUGAGCUUGGAGUUGUUUUCUUCUUGAUUGAGGAUCGCUGUGUGACAGCAACAUGCCUCAGCUCUAAUUGCCAGGUUGAUGAAAAUGGGUGUAAGUCGGUGAGUGAUUCAUUGGUGAUGUGACUGCAUGACCAAGAACAACCACCAGGGCUGUCAAGGAAGGCGAGAGAUGCUGUGAAGAAGAAUUGAAAGAUCUCAGGUUUAAAGGUUAAUGCUCAACAGGAAGUCAAACGGGCAGCAUGCAGUCUCACACUCAGGAGCAGCCACUGGCCCUCACUACAGUGAAGCCACACUAUCCCACCAAUGGGAAAGAAGAAGAGGUGAACACAGAUGCAGAUUCGAUGGAGGAAGAGGUGGAGUUUAACUGGGAGGAGUACCUGGAGGAGAAUGGGGCCGACGCUGCCCCUCACACCAACUUCAAGCAUGUGGAGAUCAGCCUUCAGAGCAGCUUCCAGCCUGGCAUGAAGCUCGAAGUGGCCAAUAAGAGCAACCCAGACACUUAUUGGGUGGCCACCAUCAUCACUACAUGUGGCCAGCUGCUGCUCCUGCGCUUCAGUGGCUACGGCGAGGACCGCAAGGCUGACUUCUGGUGUGAUGUCAUGACAGCUGAGCUGCACCCAGUUGGCUGGUGUGCACAAAACAACAAGACCCUCAUGCCCCCUGAAGCCAUCAAGGAGAAACACAGCGACUGGACAGAGUUCCUUAUUCAGGACCUGACGGGUGCCAGAACGGCACCGGCCAACCUGCUGGAAGGGCCUCUACGAGGCAAGAACACAGUUGAUCUGAUUGUCGACGGAUCGGUGUUGGAGCUUCAGGACCUUUUAGACCCUUACCUUUACUGGCCUGUACGAGUCAUCCAGAACGUUGGAGGGAGGCUCCGCCUGCGGUAUGCUGGCCUCUCUGAAGAGUACCACGAUCAUGACACGUGGCUGUUCUAUCUGGACGUCAGGCUCCGGCCCCUCGGCUGGGCCCAGGAAAACUGCCUGACCUUAGAACCGCCAACAGAGCUCAGGUCUACGAAGAGCACCUCCGACUGGCAGCAGGCUCUAGAGGAUGCUCAGCUUGAUGGACAGAAGAAUCCAUUACCUCUGGAGGUGUUCAAGAACCUGCCCAAGCACUCAUUCAAGAUGGGUAUGAAGCUGGAGAUGGUUUCUCCAUGGGAGCAGCUCCAGAUCUGCCCUGUUUCUGUCACAAAGGUCUACAAUGAGUUCUACUUCCAGGUGAUGUUGGAUGACCUCUCUGCUGAAGCCAAGCCACACUUUGUGGUGUGUCAUGCCAACUCUCCUGGCAUCCUGCCUGUCCAGUGGUGUAUGAAGAACGGUGUGAGUCUGGAGAGGCCUCGGGCCUACGAGGGCCAGGACUUUGACUGGGCUGACUACCUGAAGCAGAGCGGGACAGAAGCAGCUCCUGACGCCUGUUUUCCUGAUACAUGGCAGAGCAGAGACUUUGCCAAGGACAUGUGGCUGGAGGCAGUGAACCCUCACCGACCGGCUGAGGUGUGUGUGGCUCAGGUCACACAGGUCAGAGGACGCCUGCUGUGGCUCCGACUGGAAGGUGUGCCGAAGCCUCUGUCAGAGUGCAUCGUGGAUGUCGAGUCCAUGGACAUCUUCCCUGUCGGCUGGUGCGAGGCCAACGCUUACCCUCUGACCCCUCCAAUCAAACCUGUCUGCCAGAAGCAGAAGAAGAUAGCAGUGGUCCAGCCAGAGAAACAGUUGGCUCGUUCCCAGCCUGUCGAGGCGAGUCCUGUCAACCACUGCCAGCCUGCCGCCUUGGAUCCAGGUUCAGCUAAUGGAAGAUACUGCUGCUCCAAGAUUUUUGUCAACCACCGCUGUUUCUCAGGACCCUACCUCAACAAGGGACGCAUCGCAGAGCUGCCGCAGGCUGUCGGACCUGGAAAAUGCACACUGGUCCUCAAAGAGCUGCUGAGCAUGCUGAUCAACGCUGCCUACAAGCCUGGACGAGUAUUGAAGGAGCUGCAGGAGCUGGAGGAUCAGAGCUGGGACUGCCAAGAGGAGACCCUCAAAGCCAAAUAUAAAGGAAAAACGUAUCGUUCCACCAUACGGAUUGUCCGCCUAGCAGACCAGAUCCCAGAUUUCUGCCGUAAAGUGUGUGUGAAACUACAGUGCUGCCCGAACCUCUUCAGCCCCAUCCUCGUUACUGACAAGUGCCCAGAGAACUGCUCCGUCCAAACAAAAACCAAAUACACCUAUUACUAUGGGAAGAAGAGGAAGCUAUCCAAGCCCACUGCAGGAGAGGAGACAGCAGAGGGAGAGCUGGCCAAGCCGACGCGCCGCAGGAAGAAGAGGAAAGCUAUCUUUGUGCAGAAGAAAAGACGCUCCUCUGCUGUGGACUACACUCCCGCUGGCUCCCCGCAGGACAGUGAUGAGGGAGAGGAGGAUGAAGAGAUGGCGUUGCAGUCGGGCAGCGAGGGCACCAGCUCGGAACCUCGCGAGGACCACACAGACACCUCAUCGGUGGAGGUGACCAGCAGCCGUCCUCGCCGGGCCACGGCGCUGCGCAGGGCCGUCAGCGCGGGAAACCCGGCACUCGGCCCGGCACUCAGCCCGGAGGCUCCCGCAGGUCGCAGGAGGUCAACUCGCUCGCUGUCUGCGUACAACCAGAACAGCAAGUACCAGCCCGCCAAAGGACAAGACAUGCAGGUGGAGGAGGAGGAAGGUCAGCUGGUUUUGGACAGAAACCCUCUGGAGUGGAGCGUAGAUGAAGUCGUCCAGUUCAUUAACUCUACCGACUGCGCAUCUCUGGCUGGCAUUUUCCAGGAGCAGGACAUCGAUGGUCAGGCCCUGCUGCUGCUGACUCUGCCCACAGUCCAGGAGUGUAUGGACUUGAAGCUCGGGCCUGCCAUCAAGCUGUGUCACCAGAUCGAGCGUGUCAAAGUUGCCUUCUACAAACAGUACGCCAACUGAUGGAGGAGCAGCGACAGGAGCAAGCCUGGAAAUGUUGGAUUACGUGGAUUUCCAAAUUAUUUUGGCAGUCGGUUACUUUGGAUAAGCACACACCGAGGGACAGCAGGAGGAUGUUUCCAGAUGAGAAGCUGAAGGAUUAAUUUCUGGGAUACUAUCUGUGUGAAAAUGAUAUGCAGUACCCACGAAAAACAAAAAAACUUCCUUACUGUCGACUCCGGCAGAACCGAACACACUGAGCUGAUCUGUGUGCUCUACUGAUCUGUGAAGAAGCUGAGGACUUGUUUUUUUUUCUCUUACUUUUCAUUUCCAUUUGAUUUGUCAUAGAGGAGCAUCAUAGCAAUUAAGUUUUAAAAAUUAUAAUCAUGAAGAGUUUUCCCUUUUUUUCUGUGUGGCAUAAUCGGUUCAGAAAAUAUAAUCGGAAAGUAUUUAACAAACCAAGAAUUAAUAUAUUUGGAAUAUUUAUUGUUACCCUUAUUUAUAAGGAGUGAUUAUCCAUUUGGAUUUUUGAGGAAAAAAAUUGGAGAUGUAUAUCACAAUGUACGUAUUAGCUAAUCUUUAUUGAAAACGGGAAACUAUGGUAUGAAUUUAUUCAGUUCAAAUAAGCAUCCCAUGUGUUUGAGAGAAGAACACACUGGAAUAGUCUUACUCUCUUCUCAUUGUUACAGUCACAUGAAUCAAUCAUGGAAGCUAUUUUGUGUCCAUCUAUGCAAUUCUGUUGCAGAUAUUUUUGAUAAGUAAGAAAAUAAAUUUCUAUUGAUUUUUA